AUGGCUCCGGCAGGAUUCACAAAUCCUCCUCCACCUCACUUCUCCGGCUCCACUGGUGCCACCACCACUACUACCACUACCAUCACUUACAAUCCUACCGCUACCACCUCCUCCACUGUCACCACCACCGCCACCCCUUCCCCCACCGGCACAUCGCCCCCCCGCACCCCCUCACCCAGAUCCCCGACUCUCAAGCCAGAGACAAACAAAAACACCGACUCGAUCGCGUUAAGCUCGGCUCUCCGGCUUCUCAUCCUCCAACGCGAGCGUGCAAAACGGGACAUCCAGAUCCUGGAGCAACUGAGGACCGAAGCUUUGGACGCUCCUGUCGAAUUCAUGAAUGCCCUAUCGCUGAAAUCGCCCCCCUCUCCCACCUCCCCGGCCUCUCCCACUUCGGCCUCGCCAUCCGGAGUACGCUUGCCGAAACCUCAGGAGAUAUACAAGUGCCCACCAAUCGAGUGGGAAAAGUACAGGAUCUUACCCACCCCGCUGGAACGGCUGCACGAGGAGCAGAAGAGAUUGGUCCCCCAGCAGAUGCAGACCGGAGGUGUGUUGGGUGUGGGCGUGGAGUUUGGGGACACUAUUGCUGGGGGAGACGGGAUCCAGGGUCGUAUGAGACUUUUCGAGGGUGUAGGGCAAAGAGGGGGGGUUGUUGGGAGAUAG